UUUUUUUUUGAUAUUAUUAUUAUUAUUAUUAUUAUUAUUAUUAUUAUUAUUAUUCCUUCCCAACUUUCAACACUCAUCAUAAACAAUAAUGGGAACCGAUAGAGUAUUUCAAAAUCAACGACAACAUCGAGAGGGUCUAACCACUACCUCCCACGACUGGACCAUGGUCAAAGUUGGUACACUUGUAGAAAAGCAAAAGCUCGUCACCAUUGAUGCUGAUGCCACUGUGGAAGAUGCUUGCGAGGUGUUACUGAACAAUGGGAUCACGUCUGCGCCUGUCUAUGAUAACACCAAGAAGAUGUAUGUCGGGAUGUUUGACUAUGGAGACUUGAUGACCUACAUUCUAUUGUUGUUGAAAAAGAUGGAGGUUCCCCUUGAGGAUCAAACCAUGGAGAUGCGUGAUCUGAUCCAGCGGACGAGCAAUAGUCAGAACGUCCCUGUAAAACUGGCUUCUGAUUUGUCAGGCAAAGAUCCAUUUUGCACAGUCAUGGCAGACUCUAGAUUAGGGGCCGUGGUGCAUGAUUUUGGUACAGGAAUUCAUCGCGUGGCUGUUAUGGAUGCGGAGGGCAAUAUGAAGGGCAUCUUGUCUCAAUCAUCGACUCUGGACUAUUUAAUGCGUCAUCUGAGCGAAUAUCCCCAGUUGCAGCCCGUGAUGCAAAAGAGUCUCCAACAAUGUGGCCUCGCCAGUGGCAAGGUCCUAUCUGUGAACGGUGAAGAAAAGGUCUUGGAUGCUCUGGUUUCAAUGAGUACAAAUAGUGUCUCUUCCCUUGCAGUCCUUGAUGAUCAGGGUAUGCUUUUAGGCAACAUCAGUAUGACUGAUAUCAAACAUAUCAUGAAAAAUUUAAGGACAUCGUGGCUGUGGAUCAGUUGUUUCCAGCUUGUCUGCAAGAUCCGAUUGUCACAAGGUAUCGAAAACGGAGAGGACCAAUACCCCAUUCUUGAUGUGAACGCAAAGUCCACUUUUGGUUACACACUUUCGAAACUACAGGCAACAAAAGCUCAUCGCAUGUGGGUAGUGAACGAUAACGGGUGUGCUGUUGGUGUUGUCAGCCUGACCGACGUAUUCCGCGUCCUGAGUGGAUUAAUCGAUAAUGAUGAGUAAAAAAAAAAUCACAUAGAGCUACUCCAAGCGGCCAGGUACAUAGGCGGUACCAUCGCCAGCGUUGGAGUCCGGUGAUUUUGUUCAAUUAUUCUAUAUUUUGUGUCCCUAUACAAGACCCAUGUAAAUGAGACAGAAAAUAAAUAUUGCGAAUAAUUGGAUAAGAUU